ACUCCGCUUCACACACACACACACACCACACACACACACACACACACACACGCACCACACACACAUACACACACAGACAUAAACACACACACGCACAUUGGGAGGGAGAGCGAGCGGGCGGGAGAGCGAGCGAGAGAGAGAGCGAGAGCGAGAGAGAGAGAGAGAGAGAGAGAGAGAGAGAGAGAGAGAGAGAGAGAGAGAGACCACCAUGGAUUGGAUCGGGAACUGAGACGAGCGCGGAUGAGGACAGGACAGCCUGGUUUGCUUUGGCUUUUCGGGAGGCCCCCUUCUCGUGGAUUUUAAACCAUUGGGAGAUUUAACACCACGAUGGAAUAUGUGCACUCUUGUCAUUUUCCAAUCUUCCUCUUCCUCGUCCUCCUCCUCCUCCUCCUCCAGCAGCAGCAGCAGCAGCAGCGAGGAUGCCAAGCAGCGCUGCGUCUUUUGCGCACUUCCACUGACAGCGCCCGUGCUUUGCGAGCUCUUUUAAAGCCUUGAGGAGGAAAAAAAAGAAAGAGGAGAAAAGAAAAGGAGAGAGAGGGGAGGCGUGAAUCGGAUUGAACGCGGUGCCGCUGCUACUUUCAUGCUCGUCGCCUAGGGCCCGGAUGUACCGAGGGAUGCACCGGUGCGUCUUCCCGACCGGUUCCGCCGACAGAUCCCUCUUUUUUCUCGCCUUCACCUCCAUCAUGGGGAUUAGGUAAUAUUCAUUCCAUCCGAAGACACCCCUCCCCGCUGAGCGAGCAACGGGAAUAUCCACAAGCUGUCAGUCAUUACCCCCUCCUGUUUUUUCUUUUUAUUUAUUUCAUUAUUUUUUUUUUUGGAGGGGGGCCAACCCCCCCUCCCCGCUUUCUCUCUCCAAUCCAUUCUUGUUUAGGGAGAACGCUGGACUACAUUUAUGGUAAAUGAAAGCAAAAACAUGUACAUCCCGGAGGACACCCUUGAGAACCAUCAAGGCUCCGACUACUCUCCCCCUCACCCUCUUCCUCGCCCCUCUGCCCCCGGCCUGACCAACGAGCACCCGGGCGUCGGCGACCGCGAUGGGAGCGGGGUCAACCACGGCGUAGUGGGAGUGGUGGGUCUGGCCCCGGAACACAUCGCCACGCCGGGCGCUGCCCUGAGCUGGCAGGCCGCCAUCGACGCCGCCCGCCAGGCCAAGAUGAUGGGCAACGCGGCCUCGGGCGGCGCCGCGGGGCUGGCGGCGGGAGGGGGCGGGCCCAUCUCCACGGCCAGCUCCACACAGCGCAAGAGGCAGCACUACAGCUCCAAGCCCAAGAAGCAGACCACCACCACGGCUACGCGGCCCCCUCGAGCGCUGCUGUGCCUCACGCUCAAGAACCCCAUACGCCGGGCCUGCAUCAGCAUCGUGGAGUGGAAACCGUUCGAGAUCAUCAUCCUGAUGACCAUUUUCGCUAACUGCGUGGCCUUAGCCGUCUACAUCCCCUUCCCCGAGGACGAUUCCAACGCCACCAACUCCAAUUUGGAGCGCGUGGAGUAUCUGUUCCUCAUCAUCUUCACCGUGGAGGCGUUCCUGAAGGUGAUAGCCUACGGCCUGCUCUUCCACCCGAAUGCCUACCUGAGGAACGGCUGGAAUCUGCUCGACUUCAUCAUCGUAGUCGUCGGGUUGUUCAGUGCCAUCCUGGAGCAGGCCACCAAGGGCGACGGCGCCGCUCCCAUCGGAGGAAAAGCGGCGGGCUUCGACGUCAAGGCUCUGCGGGCCUUCCGAGUACUCCGACCCCUCCGACUGGUCUCCGGAGUGCCAAGUUUGCAGGUGGUGUUGAAUUCCAUCAUCAAAGCCAUGGUCCCCCUGCUCCACAUCGCCCUGCUGGUCCUCUUCGUCAUCAUCAUCUACGCCAUCAUCGGCCUGGAGCUCUUCAUGGGCAAGAUGCACAAGACCUGCUUUCACGAGCACACAGGCACGAUAGCGGAGGAAAAACCGGCGCCGUGCGCGCCCGACAUGGCGUACGGCCGACACUGCAACCACAACGGGACCGAGUGCAAAAUGGGCUGGGAGGGCCCCAACGACGGCAUCACCAACUUCGACAACUUCGCCUUCGCCAUGUUGACCGUGUUCCAGUGCAUCACCAUGGAGGGCUGGACGGACGUGCUGUACUGGAUGCAGGAUGCUAUGGGCUAUGAGCUGCCGUGGGUCUAUUUUGUCUCUCUCGUCAUCUUCGGCUCCUUUUUCGUCCUCAAUCUCGUUCUGGGGGUGUUGAGUGGAGAGUUUUCCAAGGAAAGGGAGAAGGCCAAGGCACGAGGCGACUUCCAGAAACUCCGAGAAAAACAGCAGCUGGAGGAGGAUCUCAAGGGCUACUUAGACUGGAUCACUCAGGCUGAAGACAUCGACCCGGAGAAUGAGGAGGAGGGUCUGGACGACGACAAACCCAGAAACUUGAGCAUGCCGGCCAGUGAGAACGAAUCGGUGAACACAGACAAUGCACCCGGAGGCGAUGUGGAGGGAGAGACCUGCUGUACCCGGCUCGCAAAUAGGAUCUCCAAAUCCAAGUUCAGUCGCUACUCUCGCAGGUGGAACCGGCUGUGCAGGCGCAAGUGUCGGGCGGCGGUCAAGUCGCAGGUUUUCUAUUGGCUGGUCAUCUUCCUGGUUUUCCUAAACACGCUGACCAUCGCCUCGGAACAUCACCACCAGCCGCAAUGGUUAACCGACGUACAAGACAUCGCCAACAAGGUGUUACUAGCGCUCUUCACUGGUGAGAUGCUGUUGAAGAUGUACAGUCUGGGCCUUCAGGCGUACUUCGUGUCGCUCUUCAACCGCUUCGACAGCUUUGUCGUCUGCGGCGGGAUUCUGGAGACCAUCCUGGUGGAAACUAAGAUCAUGUCGCCACUCGGCAUCUCCGUGCUGCGCUGCGUACGCUUGCUGCGAAUCUUCAAAAUAACCAGAUACUGGAACUCGCUGUCCAACUUGGUGGCCUCUUUGCUGAACUCGGUCCGCUCCAUCGCCUCCCUGCUGCUCCUGCUCUUCCUCUUCAUCAUCAUCUUCUCCCUGCUGGGCAUGCAGCUCUUCGGCGGCAAGUUUAACUUCGAGGAGACCCGGCGAAGCACCUUCGACAACUUCCCCCAGUCGCUGCUGACCGUCUUCCAGAUCUUGACCGGAGAAGACUGGAACUCGGUGAUGUACGAUGGCAUCAUGGCGUACGGUGGGCCCUCCUUCCCCGGCAUGCUGGUCUGCAUCUACUUCAUCAUCCUCUUCAUCUGCGGGAACUAUAUCCUACUGAACGUCUUCUUGGCCAUCGCUGUGGACAAUCUGGCCGACGCGGAGAGCCUGACAUCUGCCCAGAAAGAGGAAGAGGAGGAGAAGGAGAGGAAGAAACUGGCCAGGCUGGGCACUCCUGACAAGCGGCACAACAACGAGAAGCCUCCACUGGAGGAGGAGAAGAGGGAGAAGAUUGAGCUGAAGUCCAUCACCUCUGAUGGCGAGACCAACACUGCCACUAAGAUCAACAUGGACGAUUACUGCGGCGAUGAAAGCGAAGAGAAGAAUCCGUACCCCGCUAAUGAUUACAUAGGCGACGACGACGACGAGGAGCCAGACGUGCCGGUGGGCCCGAGGCCGCGGCCGCUCUCCGACAUCCAGCUCAAGGAGAAGGCGGUUCCCAUGCCCAAGGCCCGCGCCUUCUUCGUCUUCAGCCACACCAACAAAUUCAGGGUCCUGUGCCAUAAAAUCGUCAACCACAACAUCUUCACCAACCUCAUCCUCUUCUUCAUCCUGCUCAGCAGCAUCAGUCUGGCGGCGGAGGACCCGGUCAAGAACGACUCCUUCAGAAACGAGAUCCUGGGCUAUGCGGACCACGUCUUCACGGGGCUUUUCACCAUGGAGAUUAUUCUCAAGAUGACAGCCUACGGAGCCUUCCUCCACAAAGGUUCUUUCUGCAGGAACUAUUUCAACAUUCUGGACCUGGUGGUCGUGAGCGUUUCCCUCAUCUCCUUUGGGAUACAGUCCAGCGCAAUCAACGUGGUGAAGAUCCUGCGAGUUCUCCGAGUGCUUCGACCUCUGCGGGCCAUCAACAGAGCCAAGGGUCUAAAGCACGUGGUGCAGUGCGUGUUCGUGGCCAUCAGGACCAUCGGCAACAUCGUCAUCGUCACCACGUUGCUCCAGUUCAUGUUCGCCUGCAUCGGAGUGCAGCUCUUCAAGGGCAAGUUCUUCACCUGCACAGACAGCUCAAAACAGACUAAGGCGGAGUGCAGAGGCUCCUACAUCAAGUACAAGGACGGCGACGUGGCCAAGCCCGAAAGAGGCCUGAGGCUGUGGGAGAACAGCGAAUUUAACUUUGACGACGUGCUGCAAGGCAUGAUGGCUCUGUUUGCGGUGUCCACCUUUGAGGGCUGGCCGGGGCUCCUGUACCGGGCCAUCGACUCUCACACCGAGGACGUGGGUCCCAUCUACAACUACCGUGUGGUCAUCUCCAUCUUCUUCAUCAUCUACAUCAUCAUCAUCGCCUUCUUCAUGAUGAACAUCUUCGUCGGCUUCGUCAUCGUCACGUUCCAGGAGCAAGGCGAGCAGGAGUAUAAGAACUGCGAGCUGGACAAGAACCAGCGUCAGUGUGUUGAGUAUGCCCUGAAGGCCCGCCCCCUCCGCCGAUACAUCCCCAAGAACCCGUACCAGUACAAGGUGUGGUAUGUGGUCAACUCCACCUACUUUGAGUACCUGAUGUUCACGCUCAUCCUCCUCAACACCAUCUGUCUGGCCAUGCAGCAUCACGGUCAGACGAAGAACUUCAACGACGCCAUGAAUAUCCUCAACAUGCUCUUCACCGGCCUCUUCACGGUGGAGAUGAUCCUCAAGUUGAUCGCCUUCAAACCCAGGCAUUAUUUUGUCGAUGCAUGGAACACAUUUGAUGCCUUGAUAGUUGUGGGUAGCUUUGUUGACAUAGCGAUCACUGAGGUUCACGGCCUGCAGAACUCUGAAGAGAACGCCCGGAUCUCCAUCACCUUCUUCCGGCUCUUCCGUGUGAUGCGGCUGGUGAAGCUGCUCUCUCGUGGGGAAGGGAUCCGGACGCUACUGUGGACCUUCAUCAAGUCCUUCCAGGCUCUUCCUUACGUCGCCUUGCUCAUCGUGAUGCUCUUCUUUAUAUACGCGGUCAUCGGCAUGCAGAUGUUUGGCAAGAUAGCGUUGCGGGACCACACGCAGAUCAACAGGAAUAAUAAUUUCCAGACGUUCCCCCAGGCGGUGUUGCUGCUCUUCAGAUGUGCGACGGGCGAGGCGUGGCAGGAGAUCAUGCUGGCGUGCGCGCCCAACCGGCCGUGCGAGAAAGGAUCCACCAACGAGAACGUCACCGUCCACGAGGACUGCGGGAGCCAGUUUGCCAUCAUCUACUUUGUCAGCUUCUACAUGCUCUGUGCCUUUCUGAUCAUCAAUCUCUUCGUGGCUGUCAUCAUGGACAACUUUGACUACCUGACACGGGAUUGGUCCAUCCUGGGGCCGCAUCAUCUUGACGAGUUCAAGAGGAUCUGGGCCGAGUACGACCCGGAAGCGAAGGGGAGGAUCAAGCACCUGGAUGUGGUGACUCUGCUGCGAAGAAUCCAGCCUCCGCUCGGCUUCGGAAAACUCUGUCCUCACCGGGUCGCCUGCAAGCGACUGGUAUCCAUGAACAUGCCCCUGAACAGCGACGGAACCGUCAUGUUCAAUGCCACGCUGUUUGCACUGGUCAGAACUGCACUGAGGAUCAAGACAGAAGGCAAUCUGGAGCAGGCCAAUGAGGAACUGAGGGCCAUCGUCAAGAAGAUCUGGAAGAGAACCAGCAUGAAACUCUUGGAUCAAGUCGUGCCUCCUGCUGGCGACGACGAGGUGACAGUCGGAAAGUUCUACGCCACCUUCCUCAUUCAGGAGUAUUUCCGCAAGUUCAAGAAGAGGAAAGAACAAGGGCUGGUGGCCAAGGUGCCGCCCAAAACUGCACUCUCUCUGCAGGCGGGCCUGCGGACGUUGCACGACAUCGGUCCGGAGAUCAGGAGGGCCAUCUCCGGAGACCUGACGGUGGAGGAGGAGGUGGACAAAGGCCCGAAGGAGCCGUUGUCGGCCGCAUCCGAGGACGAUAUCUUCAGGCGGUCAGGCGGCUUGUUCGGCAACCACGUCAACUACUACAGCCAGAGCGACGGCCGCGCCUCCUUCCCGCAGUCGUUCACCACCCAGCGUCCCUUGCACAUCAGCCAGAAGGGCUCGCCGUGCGAAGGCGAGAGCCCGUCGCACGAGAAGCUCAUGGACUCCACCACGUUCACGCCGUCCUCGUACUCGUCGUCGGGCUCCAACGCCAACAUCAACAACGCCAACAACACCGGCAUGGCGGGCGUGGCCCCGCAGGGCGUGGGCCGCUUCCCGAGCCCGUCCAUCAGCACGGUGGACGGGCACACGGGACAGCCGCUGACGCCCAUCCUGCUGCCCAGAUCGGCCUGGUGCUUCCCUCCAAAGAGCUCCGACUCGAGCGACAGCCGCCUGCCGAUCAUCCGCAGGGGCGAAGGGUCGACGGAGGAAACGUACGACGAGAGCUACGCCGACGAGAGGGACUUCCACGAGGACGACCACUCGCUCUCCUCAGACAUGCUGGUGUACCACGACGACACCUGCAAGCAGCUGACUCCCAUGGAGGAAGGAGACGACAUGGAGGCGAGAAGAGGAGGCGGCGGGUGGCAGUCUCCCAGAAGAGUCUUCUUCUGUCCCACCUCUUUAGGGCGGAGAUCUUCUUUCCACUUAGAGUGUCUGAGGAGGCAGUCGAGGCCAGACGUCUCGCAGAAGACGGCCGUCCCCCUGCACCUCGUCCAUCAUCAGGCACUCGCGGUGGCCGGGCUGAGUCCCUUGAUAAGGAGGAGCCACUCGCCCACCCUCUUCAGCCGGCUGUGCUCCACCCCUCCGGCCAGCCCCACAGGGCAAAGCGGCGAUGCCUCGUAUCAGCAGGUACCCUCGCUGAGGUUAGAGGGCUCCAACUCCUAUGAAAAGCUCAACGCCAGCUUGCCCUCGGUCAACUGCGGGCCCUGGUAUACCGACAGUAAUGGGAACAGUCGGGUACCCAGCCCUAGCCCCGCCUCCGGCAUGCCGACGACCAAUCAGAGAGCGGCGCGGCCGGUGUCGCUCACGGUGCCCUCGCUAUUGGGGCACGACUCCAGCUCGCUGUCUCACGGCAGCGCGGGAAGUCUGGUAGAGGCGGUGCUAAUAUCUGAAGGCUUGGGUCAGUUUGCGCAGGACCCCUCCUUCAUCGAAGCCACCAAGGCCGAGCUGGCCGACGCCUGCGACAUGACCAUCGAGGAGAUGGAGCACGCCGCCAGCAACAUCCUCAACGGCAACAACGCCGCCGGCGCGUCGGACGUCGCCGCGCCACCCGCCGCCUCCCGGCACAGCCCCAACGGCAACCUCCUGCGCUUCGACAGGGACCGAGGGGCGGAGGACGACGGGGAGGCCGGCGGGAGCAGAGGCUCCGCCGUCCACGGGCCGUCCUCCGUGGAAGAGCGGCAGGAGCUGCUGGCGGGGGUACGGGGACAGGAUGAGGAAGAGGAAGAGGAGGAGGAGGAGGAGGAAGGACACCACAGAAGCUCAGUGGUGAUGGGAGGAGCGCGGCAGAGGACCAGCGGGCUGCUGGAGGACGAGGACAUGGAGUGUGUGACCAGUUUGUAGGACCUGUGCCGGACAGCUCGUGAUUGCUGGCUCUGUUAGUCCCCGCCCCCUUCACACACACACACACACACACACACACCUCUCCUCUGCCAGAGGAAGUGGCUGCGAACAAUGGCGGCCACCACGCCACCUGAAACGCCACAAAUGCUUUGUACGUCUGAAUGUUUGUAGUAAAGUAUAUCACAUAUACUCUAUAUUAUCAGAGUGUACGCUUGUGUGUGCGCGUUUUUCCCCUCUCUUUGUACGCACAUUCGCGUGUGUGUGUGAGAGAGUGUGUGUGUAUGUCUCUAAAGUGCCUCACAGUUUUAUCACGUCCUCAAAGUGUGACGAGCAAAGGCGACGAAGGGAAGGAAAGGAUGUGUAAUACUUUUCGUCGUCUUUUGUGCGCUCGUUGUCGGUUCGGCCGCCGCUGUGGAAUCCGGUGACGGCGAGUGCCAGGACGGAGCUCCUCCUCCACCUCCACCUCCUCCUCCUCCUCCUCCUCCUCCUCCUCGGUUCACUCGGGAUGAAGCGCUGUAUCGUCAAAAAAUAAAAAAAGGGGAAAAUUGCGUCCUCCUCUUCCAAAGGAACGCCCCCUCCACUGGGGGGUGUGAGGCGUGGACCGACAGCCGGCAAAAUGGCUGACAAACUGGCCGUUCAGUUUUUAUUUAGCCACACCAGGAAACGCGAGGAAGGUUCAUACCUCGCCGUCCCGCCGUUUUCUUUUUGGGCUUCUUGAGGUUCGCGGUGAGCGAAUGGCGAGGAGUUGAACAGGACUCUGGGCAAGCGCUUCCUCUUCUUCCUCCCCCACGCUGUAUUCAAACUGGCUCGCCAUUUUGUUUUGCUCCUCAUGCUGUUUAAUUUAUCCUUGAUUUGUUUGCACAAUCGGGGUGGUGGUCUUUCUCAACGUACUUUUAGGCGAAUUUUAAGCGGUUUUAAGUAACGAAGCAGAGCGCAGACUUUUAUUUUUGGGUGGUGCGCGUCUGCGUUGGUACGAUUGUGCGUGCGUGUGAGAUGGGGGUUCUUUCUCCCAAUCAGGAUGCACCUUUUACAGAUUGUAUCUAUUUAUUUAUUUAUUUUUCCCAGAGGACAGAAGUGAGUGUGUGCGCAUUUUGAGUGGUUACUUAUGUACUCUUAAAAGAAAAAGCUGAUUUUUAAACCUAGACAAUAAUUUAAGGUAGCAUUACAAGUGUGUGUGUGUGUGUCUGUGCGUGUGCGAGUGCGUGCGUGCGUGUGCGAGUGUGUGUGGUAAUGGGCCUCCUUAAGGCAGGGUUACCACGGACAGGCAUGCUUCCAAAGCGUUUCGAGUUACGUUAGCUGCAAGGACACAAGAGAACUAUUUUUCGCAUAUUAAUCAUCACCGAUUUUUGUUUUGUUUGUUUUUUUCUUUUUUUUUGCUCCGAGGUCAACAGCUUUUUCUUGAUGAUUGUGCUAAAAAAAAAACAACAACAACAACAAAAAGUUGGGAAUGCCGUGAAAGGGCCGUAACACACUGUUAUCACUGAGACAAGUCGUCUUUCUCUUCAAAUGAAUUCUUAGGGCUGAAUUAAAGAUGCUGCAAGAAUUUUUAACCUUUUAUGAAACAUCUUCGAGGAAACGCUUCCAUUUAUUGCGCGUUUUUGGGCAUGCGCGUUUUUGUUCGUCUCAAAUUUGUAGCAAGAAAGCUGCGGCGCUGGCACAAAGCAUCAAAUCUUGUUUGGAAAUGUCAGUUUGCGAGCGUAAGUUAUCGUUUCGACAAGCUUUGUAGCUCAUACGCGGAAUCAGUAGAGGACAGGGUGUCGCAAAAAACACGCAAUUUGGAUAUCACGACAAUGACGCCGUCCUCGCAUGCGUGGUUGGCCCGAAAUGUGCGUGCGUGCGUGCGCUGUGACUUACCGUUGCCUCUCGAGGAGAAAACCAGGUGAACCUGGAAAUAAAGAUCUGAUUUGACACAUUUCUCCCAAGACAACACUGCCAUGUGUCCCACUCAUAGCAGCUCCUGGCUGAAGAGUGAUGCAGUAUUCAGUAUCACUUUAAGCUCACUUUAACGCUUACUUGUGAGGACUGCGUGUGUGUGUGUGUGUGUGUGUGUGUGUGUGUGUGUGUGUGUGUGUGUGUGUGUGUGUGUGUGCGGCAGGAACACUCUUGUGACAUGAGAAUUAUGCAAACUAAAUGUGAAUGUGACGUGGCUCGAAAGCACUGUUGGCGUUUUGAAUUCUGCCUCGCUUACAGCUUUGAUUUGCCGCGUCGUUCGAAUGCAGGAGGUCAAUUGCAUAUUUGAAAAACGAUAUAAAUUUAGCGUGUCGUUUGAAGUGAUUGAACUGAAGGCCCCGUUGACCGUUCCCCAGAUUUGACCCCAAGUAACCCUGUCCAGUAACGGCAAGAUAUGCAAAAGCAAUGCAAUAACUUUGUCUGCACGGUUCCCCCGCCGUAAACGUGACGUGAGAAAAGUCGACUGAGGUGUUUUGUAUCCCGCCCAUGCUAGAGAAACCUAACAUACUUGAAAUCAGGAGAGAUGCAGUUUAGUCGAGCAAUGUUGUGUUGACUAACCUGAAAUCAGUAUUAUUAUUUUUUAUUUUUUUUUAAUCCUGAUGAGUGCUUAAUUAUUUUCUCUGGUUGUGUGACUGACUGGCAGUUGUUACCACCACGACGUCAGAGUGGCUGCUUGAUGGUUCCGGUACUUACAGGAACCAAUAUAUGAAAUGAAGGGGUGAUUUUGCAUAUCUUGAACAGGACAGCAGUUUUUUCUUUUUUUGUUGUUGGUUUUUUUUUGUUUAAUUCUUGAAAAAAGGGCUGCUCAGAAUUCAAUGUUGAGCUCAUUUAAAGCCCCCCUCCCCUACAUAUAUUAUAUGAUCCUGACUGAUUAAGUGAUUCUGAUAUUUGCGAGAGGGUUUUUCCAGACAGGAAAGGUCAGUCAGAUCUUGGGUCAGUUUGCCAGAUGCAUGAUUGAGAAGGAACCCACAGAUUAUUGGCACUUCCAUUCAUUUCAAAGGGGAACGAUGAUUUUAGAUGAGUGUUUAAAAGGGACGUAAACGAUGAUUAAUACUGCCUCACCACAGGUCGUCGAUUGUAUAUUUUGAUACCGUAAUGAAUAUAUAAUCAAAAGUAUGUUGAGGAAUGAGCGUUUGGGAAUGUAUUUACGGCCUACUGACUGUAGCGUCAGCAUGAAUUUAUCGGAAACUCCCACUUGAAAUAACUUAUUUUCUGACCCAUAGGAAUAUUGUAUUUAUCGCGGAAGCGUUUAUGAGGAUAUUUUCACGACGUCAUUGAAAUAUAUAGGAAGGUGGAACUAAUGCAGUGUUUUGGCUCAAUGAGAUGAGUCAUUUCAUCCCUUUUGUGCGCGUGUGCUGGCGAUUCUCCUGUUCUGUAGCAGCACUGAGUUGACCUCUUUACAACUGUACAAUUUGGAUUUGAGUGACCAAAACCAUUUUGAAAGGAGGGAACGAAUGUAGCGUUUUGGUUUGGACGAACGUUUUUGUCAAACACGUCCAGCGCUGCUACACGGACACGGAAGUAUUUUCCUCCCGAGAAGCAUAUUUUACAUAUUUCCCUCAAGCAUUGCCUCCAAUCAAUUGAAACUGAGAAUGAGCGAGUGUACAGAUAUUUUGUGGUAGAGGCUGGGAAAGUAUAUUCUAGAAUGCUAGUUUCUAUAGCAACUAUUUUAGAUAUGAAAUGGAGAAAUAUGAUACAUUGUGUCGAUGAAAAGAUAGAGAUGGACAGUGCAAUUAACAGAAACGGGUUUGCCGGACUUGAUUUAAUCAUUUAAUCAUCCCUCAUACGUUUCCUUUCUAUGAGCGAGUGUUGACAGAUGCGACCAAAGCAAACGUUAUUUCUUCAAAGCGAACACAGAUUAUCAGCUGUAUUGAAAUUGUUUCGUAGCAGCUGAGGCUUUCUUCUUACGACUACUAUUUUGUUCACUUGCGAUGAAAACAAACUUCCUGGCGUCCGAAAUUUUAGUCACCUUUUUAGCUCACAACGCGUGCAUGUAUGGGUGUGUGUUUGUGUGUGUGCAGCUUUAAUGAGCCUUUAUUUUGCUGAUAGGAAUGUUCACGUUUUGGUUUGAUUCCAAAUCCUGGCAGAGGGCUCGCACGUGUGCAUUUCCGUUUUCAGGCUAAUCGGAACCCUGUGUAAAGUUUUACAAGCUCGCUCGCAGGGUUGUUUUUGUCUUCUCCGCAGCUGGUAAUCGAGAGGCGUUCAAAGACCAAUUAGUUAGUUCCCUCACAUGUAGGGUUGGAUAACGUCGCCAUGUUUUACUGUCACAAACGGAACGAGAGGAAUGACACAAGCCACAACCCAUCGUUUGCGUGAGGGCUUUUCAUUGGCCGACAUCACUUGGUCGCCUUGGUUACGGCUGCAUGGUCUCACACUUUGACGCAACCUCUUCUUUUUCUAACUUGUUUCUUUCCUUUCUUCAUUUCAUUUUAGACUUUAGAAAAAGGGAAAGAAUAUACAAAUUAAAUCAAAAUAUUAAGUCAAUCACUUUUUCUACUCCUAUUUUCCAAAAAAAAAAAAAAAAAAAAAAUGACACUGAAAAAAAACCAAGAAAAAAGUUGAUUUGUAAAUAAGUCGUGUACAGUUUGUAUCUGUAAGUCAUCAGUCUGUCAUUGGUGACAGAGUCUGUCUUGCCUAUAACGCACGCUACCAGUAAAUAAAAAAAAACAAAAAAGGAAAAAUUAUAUUUAGACUGUAUGGUCCCUUGAAAGCAAGUUUUAAAUUAAUAUCUGAUGUAUAUUCCUGUAACAUUGCAUUUUUAUCCGAGGAAUGAUGUUAUUAAAAAACAUUGCAAAUAAAUUGCA